AAUACAUUUCCUCGAUUUGUCUUUUAAUCUUGUCUCUAUUAAUCAGGAUAAUAUUUUUGUUAUUUCUUUAUCGUUUAUUACUUAAAUCUUCGGAUAUGGAAGUAGACUUCAGAUUAGCCGAUUUCUCACUCGAAGACAUUGAUUUCGACUUCAACAUUUAUGAAGAAAACAAUCUUUUAGCUAACGAAGCGGAUAUGGAUUCAAAGCAAGCUCAUCGUUCUUCACAUUUUGAUCAUCAAAUGCAUCUUGAGUUCCUCGGACAGAAGCCGAAGUCUGCGGUGAAGCCUAUGAUGAAGAUCAACAACAACAACCCACGAGUGAUUUCUUUCGAUUUCUCUAGUAAUGUUUCUUCUUCCCCAGCUGUGGAAGAGAUCAUUAUGGACCAAUUGGUUGGACGUGGUACCAAGAGAAAAACAUGUUCUCAUGGCACAAGAUCUCCAGUUCUUGCUAAAGAACAUGUUCUAGCCGAGAGAAAGCGCCGUGAGAAGCUUUCUGAAAAGUUCAUUGCUCUCUCAGCUCUUCUUCCCGGUCUUAAGAAGGCAGACAAGGUAACGGUUCUUGAUGACGCGAUCUCACGAAUGAAACAACUUCAAGAACAAUUAAGAAAGCUCAAGGAAGAGAAAGAAGCAACAAGAGAUAUGGAAUCUAUUAUUCUUGUGAAGAAAUCUAAAGUACUAUACGACGAUGAUGAGCCUAACCUAUCAUCUUCUCCUUCAUAUCAAAACCAAUUCGAUCAAGCCUUGCCAGAAAUCGAAGCGAAAGUAUCCCAAAACGACGUUCUCAUCCGGAUCCAUUGCGAGAAAAGCAAAGGGCGCAUGAUUAACAUACUAAACACAAUCGAAAAUCUUCAACUGCGCAUUGAAAAUAGUAUCGUCUUACCAUUUGGAGACUCCACUCUCGACAUCACUGUCCUUGCACAGAUGGAUAAAGAUUUUUCGGUGAGUGUACUUAAGGAUCUUGUACAGAACCUGAGACUCGCCCUGGUUUAGGAUCUUCUUUGAAGCUUUUAGUUACUGACUGUACAAACGAUGCCAAUGUUUUCGUGAAUUUGAUGUCGUUUUCUUCUAGUGGUUUUUCACACGUGUACUACCACGUGUUUGAUGAAUUUUCUAGGCGAGGUUCACGUCUUUAGUGGUUGAAACUAAAUUGAUUUAAUGUCUAUUUUUUGGGAUUAAUAAUGUAUAUCGUAUAUGUUAUAUAUGUGGUCGAAACGUUGUUUGA